UAGUUAUUAUUUACUUUGGAAUUGAUCAGAAUGACACGUGGAAGACUAGCGGGACCGCAAUUCAUCGUUCCAGAAAUUCAAAUCGUCAACCGUGAAUUAAUCUUGGCAUAUCACCCAUUUAGCCGAAUCACGAGACAAGAUUUUUCAGUGGUUAGCACGGCGUCGUCUAAUUAUGCAUUUAUACACGUGCGAAAAUUGUAAUUCGCUGUUACCUUACUACAGCAUUUGUUGCUUAACAAUUUUACAUUGUAUGUGUGGCAGAGAAAACAAAUGACAGUGCUGAAUGACCAAUAUUUUUGACAUCAGAAUUGUAGUACAAUGGGUGUCACAGGACUUGCUUCCUUUGUUAAAUCACAGCAAUGUUUUGAUAACAAAUAUAGGUUGCAUGAUUGCAAGAUAGUUAUUGAUGCUAACAAUUUGUAUCAUUUUAUAUAUCAUCAUCAUAAAGUACCUUACCGAUGUGGUGGAGAUUAUCAUUUAUUCGUUGCUAAAAUCAAAAUGUAUUUUAAGACCUUUGAAACUUGCAAUAUAUCACCUUAUCUUGUAUUUGAUGGUGGUUAUGAAACCGAUAAUCGAAAAUUAAAUACAUGUCUCUCUAGAGCUCGUCAGCGCAUACAUAUGUCCCAGUCUCUGGCACGAGGAGGAUCUGGAAGUGUUACACCAGCUCUGACUUCUCAAACAUUUCUCAAUGUUAUAAAAGAUCUUGGCAUUCCUUGUGUUGUAGGAGAUUUUGAAGCAGAUAGUCAACUCAUGCUUUUGGCUAACCAAUGGAAUUGUCCAGUGCUUAGCAACGACAGUGAUUUUUACAUUUAUGAUGUAACUGGAGGAUUUAUAACGUUGGACAGUGUAGAUUACAACCCCAAAUCAUUCAAAGAAGAAAGUUCUGGCAAAAUGUACAAGUUUUUGGAAUGUCAAAUUUAUUUCUGCAAAAAUUUCAUUGAUUUGUUUCCCGGACUGGAUAAAAGUUUACUGCCACUUUUUAGUACACUUUGUGGGAAUGAUUAUGUUAGUUCCAAAGGAGUGUUUGAUAAAUUUUUUUGCAAUAUAAAGAAAGCUCCAGAUAAUUUUGGUCUGAAUAUUGCUCGUCGCAAGCAAAAUACUAUGUUUCUUUCACUUUUAUAUUGGCUCCAUAAUCAAAGUUCCAUUGAAGAAGCUAUUACAAAUAUUUUGAAUUUUUUCAAAAUUGCAGAGAGGAAAAAAUUGCAAACAUUAAUAAGUAAAUCAGUUACUAGUUAUAUUAGUGUGGAAUCUUCUUUUGAUAUGAAAGAAUAUUUUGAAACAGACAAGUUAGUUUUUAAAUCACCAGGUUUCAAAAAGUUUUGUCACAACUGUAUUCUACCAGAAUGGUUCAUUCACAGAUUAAAAAGAUGUCAACUUUCUGUAUCAUUUCUUAAUUUAGUGCGCUUACGGCGAAUCAUUCUAAUGAGUCAGAUUGAACAUAUGAGUUAUCCAUCUGUCUACGAAUGUUCCACUUAUAUCAGACAAGUUAUAUAUGGUAUUUUACUUCUUGAUAAUGUUGAAAAAGAAUCAAUUAAGAAAUUAUUUAUUGAAGAAUAUGACAGAGUUGACUGUAACUAUAAAAAGAAAAAAAUUAAUCCAGUUUUUACCAUUCCAAACUUUGGGCCUCUCCCAUCAGUGAGUGACAUUUCAUCAGCCACUCUUGAUAUGAAAUGCCACAUUAUGUUGUUAACCUUAGGUUCAAACUUGGAGUUUUUAAAAGAAUUUCCUGAAGAGUUAAAAAUAGUUGCUAUUACCAUUGUGUAUUGGGUGAAGAAUGCUAACCCUCAAAUUCAUAAAGCUAUGGUGACAGCUUUGGUUGUAUGCAAUAUAUAUUUGUGGAUAAAAAUUUCAAAGGAUAAAACAGAGACAAAAAAAGUAUUUCUUCAAAGCUCUGCUGGAAAUCAGAAAAGUAUGUAUAAACUUAUUGAAGGUGCAAGUAAUGAAAUUUUAAGUAAAAUUAAUCAAAAUCUUACAAAAUUCUGUGGAAACCCAUCAUAUGAUUGGAAAACUAAAAUUAAUACCCCUGUUGUACAUAACUUCAAUCAAUUUCAAGUUACAUUGCGCUAUGUCUUACAUCUGAAUCAACUGCUUCAAGAACCUUUCUAUGCAACAAGUCCCUCUUUCAUAUUUUCUGGAACAUUUCUUUGCAAUUUAUUUCUUGAAAUUUGUGGCCGUGCAAACCCUCAGGAAUUCUUAUCAAAUUUGUUGGUUCCUGGUAGUGAGUUUGAAUCUCUUUUUAUUUCUUGUGAUAAUGCAUUUCAUUUGAUUUUGAAACCAUGCUAUAUUGCAGAACGGACUAUGAAAAAAAAGUCUCAGAAAAAGCGAAAGAAAAAAUCUCAGAAAAUACACAUGGCUGAGCAUGAAAACUCAGAUUUAUCCGACAAUAAUUCUGAGGUGAAUAUUGAUACUGAAAACCGGUUUAAUAUCCUUGCCUAAAGCUUUAAGAACUUCAUAUAAAAUAAAUUAACAUUUUUAUACUUCA